ACCUAACAUCGUUGAUACGCCUCAUCCUAGAUUUCAGAUUUCAUAUACUCUUGUUACAGAGAAUUGCAGCCAUCUUGAAGAUCUCAUAGCUGAAACAAAACUCUACUUCAACAUGAAAGAUUGCAAUAAACAUGUCUUGACACACGUGGAAGAGGUUGCCUACAAACACCUGAGAGAGGAAGGCUGCGUGUUCAUCAGGGGACGAUCAGGAUCUGGCAAGACACAUCUUGGCGACAAGCUGUUAGAGAGGGCUUCCAGGGAAUUCUCUCGAGAAAUGGUAAAAAUAUCAUCCCAAAAGGAAUGGAACCUUUUGCCAAAAUCUAGCCACUUCGAUGCCAGGCCAGGGUUAAGUGUAUCCGAUAAGUAUGUGGUUAUGAUUGAUGACAUAUUUGGAUCUACUAAUCUGAUACAAUACUACGUGGACGGAUGGAAACAGAAAUUUGACCUUGUGUGGCCUUUGGUGCAAUCUGGCAAAAUUUGGAUCGUAAUAACAUCGAGACCUAAAAUUAUCUUUCAAGUAAAGCAAAGCUUACAACGAUAUGACAUUAUCAGACAAUCAUCAGAUGUUAUUUUAGAUGAAGGACAGUAUUGUUUCAAAGAAGAAGAAAAAUUUGAAUUCAUUGACAAACUGUGUGGGAAAUAUUUAAAUUCCUUAGACAGACAUCGUAUAGCAAAGACACAUACAGCUCUAGGCUUUCCUCAAUGCUGUACAUAUUUUGCAACACAUAAACAAGUGCAAGACAGGGGUUGGGAGUUUUUUGAUAAACCAUUUGAAUGUAUCAAAGAUGAAAUUAACUGUGUAAUGUGUGCUGAACCAAAGACAUAUUUUGUUUUGCUGAUGGUUCUGGCAUAUGACGGGAGUCUUCCAAAAAAAGAUGUGCAGACAAUAAAUCCUCCCCAGCUCUUUAAAGACCGAUGCACCCAAAUGAAAAGAGUAUCUGGAUUGGAGGAUCAACCGCUUCCACGAAAAAAGGAGUUUGAAGUUUUGUGUGGAGAGUAUCUUACAGAUGCCGGAACCUGUUUCCAGUUUUCACACAGGUCGAUCCAGGAUGUCUUGUGUGUGGAUUUAUGUCAGUCAUUUCCUGAUCUGGGGACAGAGAUAAGCACACCUAAUAUGCUGGUGGAGUACAUUAGAACAAGAGGCCAGGAGGAAGGACAGACUGAAAUGGUAGAUUUGGUUGUUUUGGAUGAAGAAUACCAUCCCAUUUUGUCAAAGAAACUGAAAGAAUAUCUAUCAAACGACCGGAGCCGUCACAUCGUGUUGUCCCAUCCUUCACUAAAUGAUAUGAAUAUUUUGAAGGAGAUAUUUAGAGAAUGGGACGUUACAGGCAUAAAACAGCUAGUAGAAGAUGAUCAAUACAUAUUCAAUAUUAAUACAACUUUUCAUGACAUCAAAGAACUUCCUUUCAGUGAGGAAUUUGAUAUGAUACCAGUCUUGAAGAGUAUAUUUUGUAGGUACGGUCUUUCCCACAUUAUCAUUAACGACAUGAACGAGUUUGCAAAAUAUAUUGUUGGCAAACUCUCUGCUGACACUUGUGACCAGUUUAUCCUAGACGAGGCAUUGUUGUGUGCCGUGUAUAAGAGUCAAAACGAUUUAGUAGAAAUGCUGCUUAAACAUGGGGCAAAGCCUUCACAGACAUGUUUUGAUAUUCUAACAUACUCACUGGACCUCAGUUACAGUAAUUGCUCCAAGUUGACAAAAUUGAUCAAUCCUGAAAUGACAGACAUACAAAGGUUGUUUUUCUUUGCAUUAACCAAUGGCAAUGUGGCAUUUCUCAGAAACAUUACUGAGAUAUGUACAAAGUACAUGGCAGAUUGCAAACAAUUUUACACUAGAUGUCUUCAGAUGAUAACUAAAAUACACACACAGAUGUGUGAUGUUAGUUGCAAAUCAGGCGCAAAUAGUUCAGGAUAUAAAGAUAAACAGAUCAGACUGUCAAAAGCUGUGGACGCCAUCACAUUUCUUCUGUGUGCAGGUGGAACUAUUGACCUCGACAGAAUAGUGGUUCUUGCAAUAAGCCAACAUGUUCCUGAUACAAUGACGGAAUUGUUACACAAUCAUUUUCACAUUCCUUAUUCUGUGGAUAAUGAUCUCCAAGGAGAAAGGGGACACAGUAAAAAACUACAUGGGCUCCUACGAAAUGUAACAAAAGAAAGAGUCCCUGGACAAACCGAGACAUUACAUGCUCUUCUACACAGGGCGGCAUGGAAUCAGUGCCAAGUCUGCUUGAACAUUUUCCUAUCAGUAUGUGAUGUGAACGUAUCUGAUGAAGACGGCAACACAGCUUUACAUUACAUGGCAGCUUCUGAUGUAGAACACUGUCAUGAUGUUUUACACAUACUGAAAGAAAAGGCUACAGAUGGAUUCAAGGUCAACAAUGAGGGUCAGUCACCACUCCAUCUCGCUGCUAUUAAUCAAUGUGUUGACUGUGUCAGACUAUUGCUACCAUCGUCUGAUGUACUUGAUCAGGACAAUGCUGGCAACACAGCCUUACACUCUCUAUAUCGUGAUGUAACGUCUAGUCGGCCUUGUUGUGAUAAGAUAGCAGAACUUCUGAUUAAGGAGAAAGCUGAUCUGCAUGCAAAGACAAAGAACAAGAUGGGACAGACAGCUCUUCACUUAGCAACAAGGAAACAGUGUAAAGAGUGUGUGAGGAUGCUGCUGACAAGGUCAGAUAUAAAUGCUCAAGAUGAAGACGGUAACACUGCUUUACACAGUGUACAUGAUACAUCUUUGAAAAUGAUUGGUUCAUGUGAUAAACAUGGCUGCCAUAAUAUAUAUUUGGUCCUUGUUGAGGAGGGGGCUGAGGUUCACUCAGAGAACAAGAUGAGACAGACAGCACUGCAUCUAGCAGUAAGAAGACAAUGCGAAGAAGGCGUGCGACUGUUGCUACCAAAAUCAAAAGUCAAUGCACAGGACAUAGACGGUAACACAGCUUUACACCAUCUAACCCUUGCAUCUUUGGACAUGCUUGGUUCACAUUCUAAAGAGGGAUGUGACGAAAUAUUGCAACUCCUUUUACAGCAUGAAGCCAAAGCACAUAUUGCAAAUAAAAGUGGGAAGACAGCGCUGCACUUUGCAGCAAAGAGACAUUUGGGAAAAUAUGUACGAACGUUGUUAACUUGUAAGUCAGAUGUUGAUGCUCAGGAUGAAGGUGGCAAUACAGCUCUACAUUGCAUACACGAUGCAGCGUUUCGUAGACGCUGUAGAGGUCUAUGUUCUGAAAUAUAUCAGCUGCUCAUCAAGGAGGGAGCUUCUGUAAAUGUUGAGAACAAGAGGGGAGAAACGGCUUUACAUUUAGCAGCAGGAAGCCAGUGUAGAGAAGCUGUGAGGCUGUUGCUUUCACGGUCAGAUGUAAAUGCCCAGGAUAAAGAUGGCAAUACAGCCUUACACCGUAUACAUGUCGGAAAAGCUGUUUCAUGUGAUCAAAAUGUGUGUCAUGAAAUAUCACAACUCCUAAUUACAGAGGGUGCAGAUGUAAACAUCAAGAACAGGAAUGGAGAGAUAGCACUUCAUGUAGCAACACGAGGCUUGUGCAUUCAUGGUGUCAGAGUAUUGCUAGUUACUGAUGUAACUGCUAAACGUGCUAAGACAAAUGUUAAUGCAAAAGACAAUGACGGAAACACAGCCUUACACUGUUUACACCAUGGAAAACACAGUCUAUGUUUUCCAUCCACCUGUUACGGAAUAUUGAAACUUCUUAUUGAAAAGGAUGCAGACGUCCAACUCAAGAACAGUAGGGAUCGGACACCUUUACACAUGGCAGCACGGUUACAUUGUGCGAAAAGUGUUAAACUGCUGGUGACCCUGUUAGAUGUAAAUGCUCAGGAUGAGGACGGUAACACAGCUUUGCAUUGUCUAAAUAUCAACACUUUGGGUCUGCUAAAUAAAGGCCAGACUGAUAUUAAUACGAUUGUUUGCCAGAUCAGUCACCAAUCAGAAGAGACAACAACUGUCAGACCGUGUAGAAAGUGCAUCAGUAUGUCAACAACUAAGAUGGAUCAGCAGUGCCAGGAUGAUAACUCAACCUGUCACUGUAUAAAUGAUACACUUAUUCACAUUGCUGCCUGUGCAGGUCCAAACAGUGACUGUCAUGACAUAUGUCGUCUACUUAUUGAGAACGGAUCUGAUGUGCAGAUCAAAAACAAGAGUGGACACACAGCUUUGCAUUUUGCAGAAAGGAGGCAGUGUAGAGAAGGUGUUAGCAUGCUGCUAGGUAAGUCAGAUGUAGAUACUCAGGAUGAAGAUGGUAACACAGCUUUACACCAUAUACAUGGCAGAACACCUAGAGCAUCUUUUACAAAUGCCUGUGUUGUUUCAUUUCCUAUUGAAGGCAGGGAGCACUAUACAUAG